AUGCUUUUAGCCCAGGAGGCGCGGGGACAGAAAAGGAAGACGCCCCCUACACCUCAACCUGGAAUCCUCCUUCCCGAGACAAAGUCCAACCAGACACAGAAAAGCCAAAGGCAGUCACCUCAAAGACGGCUGAUCAAGACCCGGGACGAUCGGAAGCAGAACCGCUCGCAGGCGAAACAAGAGAAUCAGACCCCGCAGAGGUUUCAAGGACAGACAUUUUUGGAGCAGAUGGCAGUGUCAAGACUGGUGGCCGAAGACUAUCGGCGACGAAUGCAGGGCUUUCUCCAAUUUGCCCGAGCCCAAAAAGUCUCACAGAAGACCCUGGCGAGGGAUUACAAGAGAUUGGACGAGGUUUGCAACUCUUACGUGAAUCACAUGUUCGAUCAAGGAUUAGAGCUCGCCGAGGGCACAAAGUUCCUCGCCGCAACAUGCGACAUGUUCCCAGGUUGUGGCCAGAAGCACACUCUUGCGCGCACCCGGCGAUCACUGCAGGGAUGGCUGAAGCUGGAACCCCAGAGGACUCGACCACCUCUGCCGUGGCCGUUGUUGGCGGCUCUGGUCAUGCAGAUGUUGAAGCAACACAGAACACACUCAGCAGCAGCAGUUCUCCUCAGCUUCACCGCCUACCUUCGCCCGGGCGAGGUUCUGCACCUGAGAAAAGCAGACUUGGUCAACCCCAUGCCUCGACAGAAGCAUUGGUCCCUUUUGUUGCACCCAGCAGAGCGGCAAGAACGGUCCAAGGUGGGCCUAGCGGACGAAAGCAUCCUGCUGGACUCUCCUCUCCUGCCAUGGAUCGGUCCAGCCCUCAGAAGUCUCAAUUCUCCGGGAGCCUUCCUCCUCGACAUCACCUACUACGAUUUGGUUCAGUCCUGGCAGGCAGCACUCAAGGCGAUAGGACUUCCGAAGAGUCACGCAGUGCUCUACCAACUCCGUCACUCAGGACCUUCGCACGACAGGUUCUACAAGCUACGCCCGCUAAGCGAGGUGAAGCAGAGAGGGCGUUGGCAAGCAGACAGCUCAGUGCGGAGAUACGAGGCGCAUGCGCGCCUGAACCAGGAGUUCAACGACCUCCCGGCAGCCGUGCAGAGAAAGUCGCAGCUGGCAGAGCAGAUGCUUCCAAAGGAGGAGGAUUGCCAACAUGAGCCUGAGAAGGAGGAGCUUGAGGAGCUUAGAGAAGUGGAGGUGAAGAAUGAGGAUUUGAAUCAGGAUCAAAAGGAUCAAGGUUGUGAGGAAGACACCAAUCUUCCAGUCUGUGAUGAUCCGUACAUGGAAGGAACUUCGACUUCCAGUUGCACCGCUUCGACCUUCGUGAAGGCUGAAGAGCGAGAUGGCGACGCGUUCGAAAGGUCAGACCUCGAGGCCGCCAUGCCCAAGUUGCUGGCGUUUCUGACGGACCUUCGCUCCGAAGGAGUCGACGCGACAUCGCCGGAGGGGUUGGCUCACCUGGCCACCGGCACCCUGGUGGCAGCUUCACGUCGCUUGUGGAGACUGGGCGCUUUGGAGCCACAAGGCUAUGGCGUUCCACCGAAAGUGACCGCUUUGGGCACUUGGCUGUUGAAGGUGUCGAAGAACCACUCGGUGUCACCAGCUGCAGCUCGGGCCUUGUUCUUCGGUGCUUUUUACCAUUGUUUGCUUCCCAUGGCUGCGACGGUGGCUUUGCUGCAGCCAGACAUGGAACCGAAGAAGAGCCUCCGAACGGCGUGGCGAAGUCGCUUGCGGUCCUCAUCCUUGUCAUCCACUGCCUGGUCGGGACACUUCAUCCUGAUUGCUUCCUACCUGAAGUGGAGAGAGUCGAAAGAGAUGAGAGAAGGGAGUCUCUUUUCAGCUGUGGCUGUGAGAGAACAGACUGAAGCACCAGAGGAAACUGGUGUGUCCGAAACCCAGACUUCGUGCAGCGAAUGUCACACUGCCGAAGAUGCAGAGAACGUAGCCACAAGUGCUGAGGGGAUUCACGCUCAGAGCGCAUCCAAGACCAACGGAGAUGCGUUUUGGGAAGCAUUGGAUGCGAAGGUCAUGACAUUUUGCCAAUUUGCGCAGUCGCAGUUCAACCUUAAUGAUCUUGACCUUGACGGAAGACCGUGGACGGUAGCCCUAUUGAAGCUGCCUCAGUUGUGCCACGAGUUGUUUUGUGUACUUUGCAAGCUUAGCGUGAGGGGUGUAGAAUUGCGUAGGUGUUUUGGGAGGCAGUGUGGCCGCAUUGUUGCCUGGCUGGCGCAGAUUAAGCCCAACAUUGUAAUUAUUGUAGUACUAUAA